GCACCCCUCCAUUUAGAACUGCUAUUAAAAUAGUCAGUUCACUGGAAUUAAAAAAAAAUGAAUUCGCCGCGUACUGUGGUCAGUUGAACUUGGGUCAGCUGAUCACAGCAAUCGGUUCCAAUUUCAGUACGAACUGUAGUUGUUUCUUUGAGAGCAACAACAGUUGUUUCCUGAUGUUUCAUAGUGUAUUGUCUGACCUGGCAACGCGCCAUCCCGGCUGCUGGGACUUUAGCCAAUCGCAGAACGAUUACUGGACUGGUGGCCAAUGACAGAAAAGUACUGGAGUUGCCGGCCAACUGCAGAAGGAACACUCGGCUUCUGGCCAAUCGCAGAACAAGCCCAUGCUCGCUAGCCAAUCGCAGGAGUCCGUGGCCGAGCGCUCGAGGAGGCGGCUCCGCCCCGCGCUCUGACGACUCCGAGCCUCAUAUUGUCCCGUGUUGGCGCCGCCAUUUUGGGAGUCAGGCAAUGUGCUGAGAGACGCGAGCGGAUCCGCCGCCGCCGCACCGUCACUGCGCUUUCAUGAAGAUGGUUCAUACGUGCGUGGUGGUGGGCUGUCGGAACAGGAGGACCCCCGGCACCACGCUCUCCUUCUACCGCUUCCCGCGCGACCCGGAGAGGAAGCAGCGCUGGAUCGCGGCGGUGAACCGCCAGGGCUGGCAGCCGAACGACGGCAGCAGGCUGUGCAGCACGCACUUCAUCUCAGGUAAACAAGUGAAGAACCCGCGCUCCCCGGACUACGUGCCCUCCGUGUUCGGGACGACGCUGUCCGCCGACGGGACGGAGCCCUUCGACGUGUCCGACAAGCACCAGGCGCAGGUGGAGGCGGCCAACGCUCUGCUCUUCCUGCAGGGCCAGGUGCUGGAGGCGGGGCCGAGGGCGGAGCCCUUCCCCGAGAGGGGCGGGGCCGAGGCGAGCGGCUGUCCCGACGCCCCCGCGCGGCCCGCCGACGGAGAGCCCCGGGCCGAGGGCCCCGCCCCGUCCCCGUGCUCGGACUCCGCGGCCGACUGCGAGGAGGAGGUGGCGCGCCUGCGGCGGGAGGUGCGAGCGCUGCGCGAGCUGGCGGAGCGCUCGUCGCUGACGGAGGCGGCGCUCAGGGCCGACCCCGAGAAGGUGCGCUUCUACACGGGCCUGCCCAGCUUCUUCGUGCUCGAGACGGUGCUGUGGCUGCUCUCGCCGCACCUGCGCGCCGACAAGGGCCUCAAGCUCUCCAAGUUCCAGCAGCUGCUGCUCGCGCUCAUGCGGCUGCGGCUCGACCUGCGCAACCAGGACCUGGCGUACCGCUUCGGCGUGCAGGUGGCGGCGGUGGCGCGGACGGUUCGCGCCGUGGUCGAGGCCAUGUCCUCCACGCUGGUGCCCACCACGGUCUUCUGGCCGUCGCGCGACGAGCUGCGGCGCAACCUGCCGGCGGCCGUGCGCUCCGCCUGCCCCGACUGCGUGGUCGUCGUCGACUGCUUCAGCGUGGCGCUCGAGAGGCACGAUGAGGCCGACGCGGUCGACGCGCCCGCCAGGUCCCUCAAGUACCUGAUCGGCGUGGCGCCGCAGGGCGUCGUCACCUUCGUGUCCAGGGGGGCGCCGGGCCACGCCAGCGACCGCGAGCUGCUCGAGCGCUGCGGCCUCCUCGGGAAGCUGCUCCCCGGGGACGUGGUGCUGGCCGACCGCGACCUGGAUGCGAGCGAGGCGGUCGCCGCCCGGGGGGCCCAGCUGCGGGUCGCGGGGUGCGACGGCGGCGAGGAGGACGAGGAGAAGAGGGCGCUGCGGAGGCACGUGGGCCGCGUCAUCGGCAUGGCGAAGAAGCGCUACGCCAUGCUCAACGGCCCCGUGGAGAGUCCGUUCGCGUCCGACCGCGCCGCCGACAUGACCACGUUCGACCGCGUGGUGCGCGUCGUCUGCGCCCUGAACAAUCUCUGCAUAUCCGCCGCUCCUCUCGAGUGACUGGCACACCCCGUGGGCUCCGUCCCUACAGCCUUUUGUAUGCUCGUUUUUUUAAUUCCCUUCCUCACAGUUUGUCAUCCUCCAGCACAGCGGUAAAACAAGGUAACUGUCGGGCGCAAGUAGCUGCAGUCUUCAGAAGUCCUCUCCAUGAGCGGUAAAUGUGACUCACUCUGGGGUGAGACCGCGCGGUUAGACCCCGCUCCGAAUGCUGUCCUCCGAUUGGUCCAGUCAGGUCUGGGGGCGGGUCUGCCGAUGCUGUGGCCCCCUGGGGCCCCUCAGGGUCGAUGGGGUCGGGCGGGUGAAGGCGAGGUCCCGACGUGUCACCUGGCCCACAUUCUGGUGGAAAGGGGGGGGGCUGCGGUCGAGUGUUCAGGUGCAGAGGCUGAUGGGUAAAAUGUGGCUGUGUCACCCGAUCUCCUCUGUGGGACUGGAACACAUCCAGAAGGAUGUGAGUCCGAGCUGCUCCGCGGUCACUUUGGGCGUCGAUCUCAGCUGGGCUUCACCGAGCUGCUCUGCGUCUUAUGAACUAGAGCCUCCCGCUCGUGUUUGGGUUGAAUCCCUGCGGGGGGGAUAAGAAUAAUCAGGGUUUGAGGAAAAGCUCCACUUACUACAUGAUUUACAUCUUUGGCCUCAUUUCUCAUCUUUCUGUUCAUGAGUUAUGAUCUGCUGUAGUUAUGAGGAGCUCAGUGAGGCCCAGUGAAGCGAGGCCCGGGACAGGGGUUGGGGUUGGGGUUGGGGGGGUCGUCGUGCUCCUUUGAUCUGCGCCGAACCUCUUCCCCGUGACCUGAACCCUCGAAUCUGUGUGCAAAUGAUCGUUCUUUUCCUCUUUCUCCUUCUAAAUGUGUUCUCUGUGAAGCGAGGCGGUCGAGGAGGACCAGGGUUCGAGCGCAUGGAGUCGUGCGACGCCUUUUCGCUGUUGUUCGCACGAUGUGCCGCCAUCACCCAGCACGUCGCAACGGUCAUUAAACAGUUCAUUGAGACCAGAGUCCUUCCCUUCUUUCUCUCAGGGUCUCGAACCCUCACACAGUGGCACAGCAACAGGACAUCUGUGCAAAUAUCUAUAUAAACAUCUGGGUUCGAAUCCCACCCUCACUGUGUCGUAGCUCCCUUGAGAGUUUUAAUGAUGCUGUAAAAAUUGUAGUGCUGUAUAAAUGGGUAGAGUAGUGUAAAUCGGUGUAAAAACC